AUGUCCAUGUUCUCCCCUGAAGACGAGAAUUUCACGGACAACAACAAGAAGCGGAAACUCCAGCGCGCUUGCGACUUCUGCAGGCGAAAGAAGACUGCGCCUGAUGCCCUCGACGGCAACGAGGACGGGCACUCGGACACCGCUGUGAACACGGCGAAUGAGGCCGAGUUGCCCCCGGCUCGCGGGACAAUGUCUUCCAGGUCGUCGUCGGCGCUCAGGAAUGCCUCACCGCGGCGUCCCGCGAAGAUUCCCGGUCGACCGACUGUCAUCGACAAGCCCGUCUACCGCUAUCACGGCCGAUCCAGUGCGCUCGUGUUCCUCCGAGCGGUCAUCGACCUUGCGAACCAGACGCUCCAAACAUCACCUAAACAAUCAGCUGAACAGGGGCGGAUGUGGAAGAAGGUUCACAACGAACCGUGGCUCACGCAUACAGUGAUCCAAGAGGCAGAGUAUUCGCAAGUGCGAUUCAAGUACCCGCCAGUGGACCUGCUCACCACGCUCGUCGAGCUAUACUUCCGCAGGAUCAACGAUCACAUGCCACUACUGCACGAGUUGACAUUCCUGGAGCAGAUUCGCAGCAGCUUGCACAUGCGGAAACCAAGCUUUGGCGCGACGCUCCUGCUCGUGUGCGCCAACGGGGCGAGGUUCUCCUCAGACCCUCGAGUCAUGCUCGACGGCUACGACUCACCGAACACGGCCGGCUGGAAGUGGUUCCGACAGGUCGAAGAAGUGCGCAGGCUUCCCAUGGCCCCUGCGAAUGUGUACGAUCUGCAAGUUUAUGCCCUCAUGUCCGAGUUCUUGCAAGGCACCAACUCCACGACGUCGGGCUGGCAGAUCGGGUGCAUGGGCAUUCGUGCCGCAAUGGACGUAGGGGCUCAUCGUAAUAACAUGUACACUUCCACGCCAUCGGCCGACCAGGAGCUGUGGAAGCGAGCGUUCUGGGUUUUGGUCCUUCAGGACUGGAUUUUGUCAUACAGCAUGGGCAGGGCCGUGUGCCUGUACCCGAAAGACAUCGACGCCGACCUUCCGGUCGAGUGCGAUGAUGAGUACUGGGCAACAGCAUCCGGGCACCCGCUUUUCGAGCAACCCGUAGACAAGCCGUCGAAGUUGUGCGGCUUUACAGCUCUCAUCCGGCUGGUGCAAAUCUUGGCUCGCGCUUACGGCAAGCUGUACUCUCCAAAUCCCAAGAAGCCUCGCACGCAGGAAUGGAACUCGCGCACCGUGGCUGAGCUAGACGGAAUGCUCGCCGAAUGGCUCGACACCCUGCCCCCUCACCUGCGCUGGGAUCCGGACAGAACGGACACGUUCUUCCUCGGGCAGACCGCGACGCUCUUCGCGCACUACUAUCAGGCGCAGAUCGUCGUCCACCGUCCGUUCCUCGCAUCAAGCCGCGACUCGCCGCUCGCGUUCCCCGCGCUUGUGCUCUGCACCAACGCCGCCGAUCAUGCAUUUACGCGCACGGGGUGUGCACUGCAUAUCAACAUUCGGAUGAUUUACACCGCGGCGAUGAUUUUGAUGGUGAACAUCUGGGGCGAGAGGCGCACGGGGCGGCCCAUUAGCGGCAGUCAGCGGGACCUUGCAGCCAUCCAGAGAUCCAUCGUCAUGUCGCGCGCGAUGGGACAACAAGCACACGCUGCCACAAUCUUUGACUACGCUAUGCCCGGUCCGAUUGUGGAGAGCUCUCCCCGGCCUCCACCUGAACCGCCGGUCGUCAUUCAGCUCCCAUCGGCGGAGUCUGACUCUGACUCUCACAGCGGUCCAGACGCCCCGGAGCCCAGCGCGCCAGGGUUCGACUACGCCGCCUUCAUGGAUCUCGUUGGUCCGGCGGCAGGAUCCGUCUCGUCAUUGUCAGGCUAUAGUGGCCUCACGGCUGCUCCAGAGGGCCCUACCCAAACCGUGGCUGAUCCCCUUGCUAUGGAUUUCAACUUCUCCAGCCAAGAUUUCUCAGCGCUUGGGGCUUCCGGCGGCGCUACGGUCCAGGAGCACACUGCGGGGACAGACGCGCCGACAAACGAUGGCUACCUGAGGCCGCUGCCGCCCGACAUGGCGUUUGUCGAUGAUAUGCUCUCCAUGUGGUCGGGCGCACCGGCGUCGUUUGGGUGGGACGAAUGGGGGGAUUUUAUGGGCAACGUACAGGGCGGGACCUCCGAUGCUGGCGGAAGGGAGGGAGGAGCCUGA